UUCAGCUUCGGUGGCAAACUCAGCAAAGCCAAAACCAUGGCGGACCGCUUCUUCCCCAAUGAUAUGCCGAACUCCGUCCCGGAAACCGACGAUCCCUCCGCCGCCGGCGCCGUGGGGUCAUCCUCCUCCCUCUUGAAGCUCCUCUCGCUCCCCUACUCCAAAACCGCCGAGCGGUUCCUCCGUGCCGGCCUCGACCUCAAAGAAAAGGUCGUCAAGGAAACGUGGGUUCGCGCCGGGCGCCGUGUCAAGGAUUUUUCGCUCUACACUGGCGCGCUCGGCACGGCUUUCUUGCUCUUGAAGUCGUACCAAGUCACCGGAGAUCGGCGUGAUCUCACUCUCUGCAAUGAAAUUGUUAGGGGCUGUGAUUCUGCGUCUCAGGGCUCAAAAUAUGUGACGUUUAUAUGUGGGCGUGCGGGUGUUUGCGCUCUUGGAGCUGUGGUGGCGAAGCACACCGGAGAUGAGGCCUUGCUCAACCAUUACUUGAAGGCAUUUCAAGAGAUUAAUCUGCCCCCUGGAGUUCCUAAUGAGCUUUUGUAUGGAAGAGCUGGAUACUUAUGGGCAUGUUCUUUCUUAAAUAAGCAUGUCGGUGAUGGAACAAUCCCUUCUACUCACAUGAUUGAAAUCGCAAAGGAAAUAAUCACAGAUGGGAGAAAAUUAUCCAAUAAAGGUAGCUGCCCAUUAAUGUAUGAAUGGCAUGGAACAAAGUAUUGGGGUGCCGCUCAUGGACUUGCAGGUAUCAUGCAUGUCCUGAUGGACAUGGAUCUGAAACCGGAGGAGUGUGAAUUUGUGAAGGGAACACUUGCCUACAUGAUCCAGAAUUGUUUUCGCAGUGGUAAUUACCCCUCAAGUGAGGGAAAAGAUACUGAUAGACUUGUGCACUGGUGUCAUGGUGCGCCUGGUCUCGCGCUUACCUUCAAUAAAGCUGCUCUGGUUUUCAAGGACGAGCAAUUUCUACGUGCAGCUACAGAUGCUGCAGAAGUGGUUUGGAACCGGGGGCUGCUGAAGAGGGUUGGAGUAUGCCAUGGAGUGAGUGGUAAUGCUCAUGUCUUCCUAUCGCUUUAUCGAUCCACAGGCAACGUGGAGUACCUUUACCGAGCAAAGGCAUUCACUUGCUUCCUGUUAGACAAAGCUAAUCAACUGAUAGCCGAAGGGAAGAUGCACAGCGGAGACCGGCCAUACUCAUUGUUUGAAGGGCAAGCUGGCAUGGCAUAUCUUUUCCUGAACAUGGUUAAACCCUCUGAAUCACUGUUUCCAGCUUAUGAACUAUGAGUUCUGUUGAUGUAUUUGAGUAUCCUGUUUGUUUAUAGCUGAUGUUCACCCCUAUUUUCCUGAUCUUCUGGAGCUCAUCCAGUUUGUGUACCAUUAUGACACGAUGUUUGGAUUAUGCUCUCGAAUGCCAACGAGGAUAUUUGUAUUAGGA